CUCUCUAGGUUGGCCCAGGAAACCCACCCAGCCCCGUCACGCAGAGCCAGGAAGGAAAGAGAGCCUCAUGCCUGAGCCGAGGGGAGCACCAUGGAUCUGACGAAGAUGGGGAUGAUCCAGCUGCAGAACCCCAGCCACCCCACGGGGCUCCUGUGCAAGGCCAACCAGAUGCGGCUGGCCGGGACGCUGUGCGAUGUGGUCAUCAUGGUGGACAGCCAGGAGUUCCACGCCCACCGGACCGUGCUGGCCUGCACCAGCAAGAUGUUUGAGAUCCUCUUCCACCGCAACAGCCAGCACUAUACUCUGGACUUCCUCUCGCCAAAGACCUUCCAGCAGAUUCUGGAGUACGCGUACACCGCCACGCUGCAAGCCAAGGCGGAGGACCUGGAUGACCUGCUGUACGCGGCCGAGAUCUUAGAGAUCGAGUACCUGGAGGAGCAGUGCCUGAAGAUCCUGGAGACCAUCCAGGCCUCCGACGACAACGACACGGAGGCCACCAUGGCGGACGGCGCGGCCGAGGAGGAGGAGGACCGCAAGGCUCGGUACCUCAAGAACAUCUUCAUCUCGAAGCAUUCCAGCGAGGAGGGCGGGUACGCCAGCGUGGCCGCGCAGAGCCUCCCUGGACCCAUGGUGGACCAGAGCCCUUCCGUCUCCACCUCCUUUGGUCUUUCGGCCAUGAGCCCCACCAAGGCUGCGGUGGACAGUUUGAUGACCAUAGGACAGUCGCUCCUGCAGGGAACUCUUCAGCCCCCUGCGGGGCCCGAGGAGCCGGCUCUGGCCGGGGGCGGGCGGCACGCUGGGGUGGCUGAGGUGAAGACGGAGAUGAUGCAGGUGGAUGAGGUGCCCGGCCAGGACAGCCCUGGGGCCGCCGAGUCCGGCAUGGCGGGCGCAGCGGGGGACAAGGUGGAGGAGAGGGGCAAGGAAGGGCCUGGGACCCCCACCCGAAGCAGCGUCAUCACCAGCGCCCGGGAGCUGCACUAUGGGCGGGAGGAGAGCGCUGAGCUGCUGCCGCCCCCCGCCGAGGCUGGCCAGGGCCCCCCGGGCCGACCCGAGCACCCUGUGCCGCCGGCCGAGAAGCAUCUGGGCAUCUAUUCUGUGUUGCCCAACCACAAGGCCGACGCCGUGCUGAGCAUGCCGUCCUCGGUGGCUUCCGGCCUCCACGUGCAGCCCGCCCUGGCCGUGUCCAUGGACUUCAGCACCUACGGGGGGCUGCUGCCCCAGGGCUUCAUCCAGAGGGAGCUGUUCAGCAAGCUGGGUGAGCUGGCGGUGGGCAUGAAGGCGGAGAGCCGGACCAUCGGGGAGCAGUGCAGCGUGUGCGGGGUGGAGCUCCCCGACAAUGAGGCGGUGGAGCAGCACAGGAAGCUGCACAGCGGGAUGAAGACGUAUGGGUGUGAGCUCUGCGGAAAGCGGUUCCUGGAUAGUUUGCGACUAAGAAUGCACUUACUGGCUCAUUCAGCGGGUGCCAAAGCCUUUGUCUGUGACCAGUGCGGAGCCCAGUUUUCAAAGGAGGACGCCCUGGAGACACACAGGCAGACCCACACCGGCACGGACAUGGCGGUCUUCUGUCUGCUGUGCGGGAAGCGCUUCCAGGCGCAGAGCGCGCUCCAGCAGCACAUGGAGGUGCACGCGGGCGUCCGAAGCUACAUCUGCAGCGAGUGCAACCGCACCUUCCCCAGCCACACGGCCCUCAAGCGCCACCUGCGCUCACACACAGGCGACCACCCCUACGAGUGUGAGUUCUGUGGCAGCUGCUUCCGGGAUGAGAGCACGCUCAAGAGCCACAAGCGCAUCCACACGGGUGAGAAACCCUACGAGUGCAACGGCUGCGGCAAGAAGUUCAGCCUCAAGCACCAGCUGGAGACGCACUACCGGGUGCACACAGGUGAGAAGCCCUUCGAGUGUAAGCUGUGCCACCAGCGCUCCCGGGACUACUCGGCCAUGAUCAAGCACCUGCGCACGCACAACGGUGCCUCGCCCUACCAGUGCACCAUCUGCACCGAGUACUGCCCCAGCCUGUCCUCUAUGCAGAAGCACAUGAAGGGCCACAAGCCUGAGGAGAUCCCGCCCGACUGGAGGAUAGAGAAGACGUACCUCUAUCUGUGCUACGUGUGACGCGAGAUGCGGCAGGGGCGGGGGCGCGGGCAGCCGGGAGACCAGAGUUUGAGCAGGAUGAGGUGGAGGAAGGUCUGGGAGGAAAAAAAAAAAAGAAAAAGAAAAAAAGAAAAUAGAAAAAAAAAAAAAGGAAAAAAAAAAAGAGAGAAGAAAAAAGGAACCCUGACAGCUGUCUGGCGUCGGACUGUCUCUGGAGCCCAAGGGACCUGAUGCCCGGACACCGCCCCUCCCCGGGGCCUCGGUCCCUCCUCCCUGGCUGGAGGUCGGCUUCGUUUUCUUGGGUUGGGGUGGGCAUGGUCUGUUUAGCUCACUUGGUGGCAUAUUUUUCUCUUCCCUCCACCCAGACCCUCCUUUUGCAUCCAGAAGUGGAGGCUAGGGAGGGGGUGAGGGGUGCUGUGGUCAGAGCCAAACAGUCUUUGCCCGUCCCCCUCAGAGGGAGGGGGCCCGCAGGUGGCGGGGCUGGGCCAGGUCACGGUCACUCGUCGAUGGUCACAUGGCAGCUCUGGUUUGCUGGGGGCAGGGUGGGAUGGGAAGGGCUCCCCCUCCCUCCCCCCCCAUCAGUUCAUCUGUUGUCCCCCCAGCUCUGCCACAUGGGGCGUCCCCCAAGGGGUUCAGUAGCCUUGUGGCUGCUACCCCUCCCCCAGCUCCUUGCUCCUGGCCUCCAGGAGGCCGCUCCCCAAGUGCAGGGGUGCCCAGCCCCUCACGCAGCAGGUGGCACCUUCCUCCUGGCUUAGCUCCCUAGCUGGGAAGCUGCAUUGGACUCCAGAGCCCACCCCACAGCCCCCUCCGCUUUCUGAGAACACAAAAUAAACGGAGUAACCCACCCUCGUCACGCCCUGUCAUGAGCGAGGUUCCUGCUGAGCUGCUUUCGCUUCCAAAAUGGGAAAACAUAACUAACCAUAUCCCGUCCCGUCCCACCGAGUAAACGCACACCAAUCCCUCCCGCCCCUGCUUCAGUCCCUAGGAGGAGGCGUCCAUGAGAGGGCUCGCUGUUCCAGGGAAAGAUGUGCCCAGGUGUGCCCCGUACCUGGAGAAGAGGACACCCUGCUCAGGGGUCGGGCUAGCCGGCUGGGGGGGGGGGGGGGGGACCCCAGCCCUGGUCCAGAGCGCAGCACAGAGUUCCUGGCUCUCAGGGCAAAGCCCCCACCCCUGCCCCCGCCCUGUCCACAGGGAGGAGGAAGGAGAGGAGGAAGAGGAGUUGAAAGCGCUUUGGCCCUUGUGUUAAUGUUUUGCUUCUUUUCUGGGUCCCCUGAUCCCUCGUUAGCACAUUGUACUUGAAUUACCUCAGUUUUUUGUGACCUCAUGAGCUUUUUUAACCCCUGUAUCUCUUUUUUGGUUGGGGGUUGGAGGAAUGGGGAGGACAUUUCUUUUCUGUUUCUUGUAUGAAUUAAUAGUUGGUUUACUAGACUGCAGCUGGCCACAGCCCUUUGCCAUCCCCGCUGGGCGGAGCUGGACGGACGGAGUGAAGUGCUCAGGAUCUGAACGUGAGAGCCGGGCUUGGCGGAAGGUGGGCGGAAGGGAGGGGGCCGGGGGGCACUCUGGAGUCACUGUUGGCCCUGCCCGGAGCCCCCGGAGUCCUCUGCGCCCAGCAAGAGUUCAGCCCAAAGCACUCUGGAGAAGAUCCUACCUUUCUUAGAAUUUGCUGGCUCCUUUGGGCCUGAGGGCCUGUAUUAUUCAGCUCCCUGCAACCGUGUGCGUUAUCCUUGUCAAAAUGGGUCUCUUUUGCAGGGCUGGCGUGGGGAUGAGCCAGCCUCUGUUCUGUUGCGUUAGGGUAGGGGUGUUGUUUUUCUAAAAGCUACCUCUUAAGUUCCUCCAGUUCUCCUUUUGCUCCUGCUGCUCUGUUCCCUCCUCCCCGCAGCGUCCCACCCCGAAUUUUGGAAAGCACAUUUGCAGUGUUUGGUUUGCUUUGGGAUGGGCCCUCCGUUUCAUCUCACGCUUUAUUUGUAAGAGUUCGCUUGUUUGCUUCUUUUUUUUCUUUCCUUUCUCUCUCUGAGAAAGUUGUGGCUGCGUUUUUAUCUUAGGGUUUUAAAAGUGGUUUUGGGGAAGCAGUUUUGGGGAGAAGGGUUGUGAGGGCGCAGGUGCUGCUGUGACCGCCCCCCUCCCUCGGCCCCGUCCCUCCUGCCUCUCCCCUGCAGUCUCGCCCGCCAAAUCUGAAGGCCUUAAACGUUGUGUGUUGGGGGGAUCUGAACUUGGGGGGACUGGGUCGCUAGACUGUCGGUCAGGGAUGACGAGGUAGGGAGGGUCCUGUUUUGCAGUUGUCAUAAUGACCUAGUGCUUUGGAAAGGACAAAAAAGUUAAACUUGAACUACGUGACUAGAGCGGUUGUGUUGAUAAUGUGAAAAGAGGGGCAUGGCUGGGGGAGGGGCGGUCUGUAAGAAAUGUUGAUGCACUAUGCGCCCCCCAGCCCAGGAAGAAGGGGCUCUGUGGCCCUCGGGGGGUCUGAACGCCCCCCAGAACGGUAUUUUAACAGCAAGAGCUCACACAACUUCGGUGGGGAAGGGGAAAAGAAAAAAAGAAACUAUUCCAUAGAACGAGCUGCCCCCUCUCUCCCCCACCCCCCACCCCCCGGCACCCUUGCCGCGCAGCCUGGGUCUCCUGCCCUGUUCAUAAACACUGAGAGGGUUGAGCUAAUAUUUACAAAUUGUAAUAUUUUUGUAAUGUUUGUUAGUUCCUUCGUCCAUUCUACAGACCUUGCCCUUUCCUUUUGUAAUGUGAAUAGGAAAGAAAAAAGACAAAAAAAAAAUCCACCACCACCACCAAAC